CUCAGUGUUCCUGACUUUUAGUUUUGCCUCCACCAGUGAGGAGACACAGACGGUUAAUUUCUCACAUGAUGUGGUGGGUAGCUGUUUACUGCACUGGCGGAGCAGUUCUACUCUAUGCCCUGUACAGAUGGGUGAUUCCCAGCGCUGUACAGUAUCAUGGAGGCCUGGCGCUCAUCUGGCAUGAUGUCAUUGUGGAGUGGGUACUGGACACGUUGACCCAGUCCACACGUCCUCAGCGGCUCCUGGCUGCAGUACACAAAAACGCCACCAGAGGGGACCCUCGCAGUGUGGUCAAAGCCAUUGAUGACUUCUGCAAACACAAUGAGUGGGCCAUGAAUGUAGGCGACGAAAAAGGUUGCAUUCUUGACUCUGUGGUGUCUGAUGCCAAUCCUGUUUGUGUGCUCGAGCUGGGCACCUACUGUGGCUACUCCACAGUUCGCAUCGCCAGUUUGCUCCCACCUCACGCCAAGCUCAUCACACUUGAAUUUAACCCGGACUAUGCCGCUAUCGCACGGCAAGUCAUUGCAUGGGCAGGUGUUGGUAAUAAGGUGAAGUUAAUUGAAGGAGAAUCUGGAGAGUGGAUCCCAAAAUUGAAGGAGCAGUUUGCAGUAAAAACAUUUGACCUGGUUUUCUUGGACCACUGGAAGAAUCGUUACCUUCUCGACACCAAACUGAUGGAGGCAGGAGUGCUGCCUCCUUAGGAAAGGGAGCAUCCUGCUGGCCGAUAAUGUCAUCUGUCCUGGCACGCCAGACUACCUGGAGUACGUCCGGAACAGCCCACAGUAUAAAAGCCAGUACUUCAAAUCUCAUCUGGAGUAUACAAAAGCGGAGGAUGGCCUGGAGAAGUCAGUCUUCUUAGGGUAGUUUUUGACAAAUGAGCAUUGGAAGGGUCCUCGGUUUAUGAGGAAGUUCCUUUCUUACUACAGUGACGUAACCUGAAUUUCUACAUGAUUUGGCUCAUGCGUUAACUACUGCUAACGCUGCAAUAAGGGGCAAACGAAUGGUUUUCAAAGGGCAAAAGAUUCGAUCAGCGCUGUGAAACUUGGCUUAAUAUUUGGCGCCUUCACUGCAAAACACGUUUUACAGACCACGGGCGCACAAUGGUCUAUAAAUUGUUAAUAUUUACACUUACAAUGACUUACAGUAACAUUAAAUAUGCUUUUUAGUCAUAAAACCGCUGUCUCAUUUUUGAUGAACACUUAGGCCUACUGCAUCAGAGCAUAUUACUCCAAUUCAAAAGUCUUUACACUGGUUCCCAGUCAGCUUUAGAAUAGAUUUUAAACUUCUGCUACUGGUCCAUUAAUCCCUAAAUGGUUUCGGUCCUGAAUACAUGAAAGAAAUGCAAAUGGCAUAUAAACCCAGUCGGGCUCUGAGAUGGACAGACUCAGGUCAAAUAGUGGAGCACAGCGUCCAAAGCAAACGUGGUGAAGCAGCAUUUUGCUAUUAUGCUGCACACAAAUGGAAUAAUUUGCCAACAGAAGUGACGUCAGCCCCAAGUGUGAAAGUUUUUAAGUCCAGGUUAAAAACUCUUCUUUUUUUCUCAUGCUUUUUAGAGCAAUUUCACUUUUAAAUGAUAUUUCUUGCACUGUACGCUAUUUUAAUUGUAUUGUUUCUCUCUCUCUCUCUCUCUCUCUCUCUCUCUUUGUU